AUGGCAAUGCCUUAUUCAACACUUUUAGAAUCAUCACAGAUUGGUAAUCAAGUUUUAGAACUACAAAAUCAAGGAAAUAAUGCGCCAUACAGAACAACGGUUGUCGACACUGUUGCAACACAUAUUAGAUCAUUUUACCGACUUUUUAUGAUAAUAAUAAUUCUUCUGAUAAUAAGUGAAAUCGGACUUGGCGUAAUUAUUAUAGCCUAUACCAAAAGCAUGUCUUGUCCGGCAUCACGUAAUAUGUCUUUAUGGCUCAGUAUAUGUGGAAUAGUAUACAUAAUCAUGUGUGGAUUUAUUACGAUAAUCGUUAUUUUACGUACUACUUGUUGUUAUCAGAGAUUUGUUUGUCUUAAUAAUCUUAUUUAUACUUCUAUAGCACUUGUGCCUGUUAUAUUACUUAUGACAAGAUGGAUAAUACUCGUACCUGAUCAAGAAACGGAUGAUACAUCAUUUUUUUUUCCAACUAUAACUCAAAUCAAAGCAAAAAAUUGUAAAAAAAUUAUCGAAUAUCUUGUAAUAAUUACUCAAAUUAUUUUUCUAUCAAUACCAAUUCCAGUUUAUUUUUUUUCAAUUUGCGUAACUAAUCAACAAAAAAAUAUUAGUAUGAAAGUCUUUCUAAUAUUUAUAUUAUUCAUAUUUAUCCAUAAUUAUGUUUGUGAACAAACAGAUGAAAAGAUCUUCGAUGGUUCUGAAGCAACACCUCAUGCAUUUCCUUGGAUGGUUUCAGUACGUUUCAAUUUUCUCAAUACUUUCACAAGUACUUGUGGUGGUGUGAUUAUUUCUGACAUAUUUUUAUUAACAGCUGCUAGUUGUUUCGAAGGAAGCGCAAUGUAUCUUACAAAUUAUUUUACAAUUAAAGCAGGCAUACAUAUGCUUACAAAUGGAAAUGAAUCAACAGAACAAAUUAGUUUUAUUUCUCAUUAUAUUCCCCAUCCAAAUUAUAUGUAUAAUGGUCUUCUUAAUGAUAUUGCAUUAGUACGAGUUUUACCACCAUUUCAAUUCGAUACAUUAAGUGUAGCACCUAUUUCAUUAUCAAAUUUAAUAUCAGUAGAAAAUAUGAAUUUAACGACAAUUGGUUGGGGUGAUCGAAAUCUAUCAAAUCCUACUGUAUUAUCUUCGACUUUACAACAGGUAACUAUACAAGAGAAUGUUGAAUGUACAAAGAAUAAAAUGAAAGAUCCAACUACACAACUUUGCGCGACCGGAGCUUGUGAAGGUGAUAUGGGUGGUCCAUUGAUGAUCUAUUCAGAUGAUAAACAACAAUAUGAACUUGUUGGUAUUACAAGUCAUCGUAGUGAAUGUACUACAGAAGGUGUAUAUACUCGUGUUGCUCCUUUUAUUGAUUGGAUCUCAGAUAUAUUAGCAAAUCCACCAUCUACUCCAAUGCCAAUACAAACAAUUCCAUCACAACCACCACCAGUACCAACAACUCUACCACCAGAAAUACUUGGUCCUCCAAUUCCAUUUGUAUGUGAUACGAGUCGUUCAUGUGGAUGUUCAUCAACACCAGUUGUCUUUCAUGAUGAACCACCAUUUCCUCCCGUUCCAGAACAUAAUCAAGGUCGAAUUGUUGGUGGUGAAACAGCUCAACCUCAUAGUUGGCCUUGGGUAGUAUCACUUCGACAUCCUAGUUUUGGUCAUGGUUGUGGUGGAUCUAUUAUUAAUAGUGAAUGGAUAUUAACAGCUGCUCAUUGUUCACCAAGUCUCUCACAUAUUGUUCAUAUUGGUGUUCAUGAUGAACAAUCAUCAUCUCCUCAAAUUCGUAAUGUUGUUAAAGCAAUUUCACAUCCAUAUUAUAUACCUUCACCUAAAUUCAUCAAUGAUAUUGCUUUGAUGAAAGUUUCACCACCAAUUAAUCUUACAACAUCUGAUACUCAUGCUGGUCUUACUUGUUUACCACCACAAAAUGAUAAUCUAGACUAUCCAAAGGAAGGCACACGAUUAGCAGUAAUUGGAUGGGGUACAUUAUCUUCAGGAGGUCCUCGACCAACAAAAUUACGUCAAGUUCGUGUUAAAACAUUAGCACAUGAUGAUUGGCGAUGUAUUAAUGCAACAUAUGACGAUACUCGACAAUUUUGUGCUGCGGUUGAUGGUGGUGGAAAAGAUAGUUGUCAAGGUGAUAGUGGUGGUCCGAUACAUCAAUGGCUUGAUGAUCACUGGGAACAAGUAGGAAUUGUAAGUUAUGGUAUAGGUUGUGCACUUGCAAAUCAUCCUGGUGUAUAUACACGAUUAUCAUUUUAUUAUGAUUGGAUUCAAUCUAAUAUUAAUGAAACACCUAUGUCAUCAACUAUAAUGACUACAUCAAAUAUUAUUACAUCAACAACAACUGAAUCAAGUAUUAUUACAACAACAGCAACUGAAUCUAAUCAAGCUGUUGUAAUAAAAACAAAUUUAUUUUCCACUUUAAUUCUAUAUAUUGCAUUUCAAUUCUUAUUUUUAUUAUAA